AUGAUGUUGUUAGACCGAAUUAUAUACUUAUUGAAGUCACUGAAACUGAAAUUGGCGAUGCAAGUGUUUUCGAUAGUUCUGUACCACAUCUUGAUCUUGGUCUAUUUCCCAUCACUUGUCAAGACGGAGUCGAAGAUGAUGACGGCGUCUUUAGUAGUCUUCUAUUUGUUUAAGAUAGUGUAUUGGCUCAUCUCAGCGGUGCAGAUUCGUGUUGGGUAUGUCCAACUUUCAUCGAGUCGAAUCUUGAUGAGUUCGUACUCGUUUUAUUCUUCAUUGAUCUUUUCGAUGUACUACACAUUACCAUUUGUGUAUGAGAUACGGACCAUCUUGGAUUGGGUGUUUGCGAAUACGUCAAUGUUUUAUAAGCGGUGGCUAAAAGUUGAGGACAUCCACGCCGAGUUGUUUAUGAAUCAAUGUGAUCGCACAGUAGAAAGGAAUCGGAAUCAUGUGUAUGGGCAACCUCGAGGAUAUAUGGAACGUUUUACAGGGGGGUGUGUGACCUUGAUAAUCAUGUUGGCUAUAUUAUGGUUUCCAUUACUUUUGAUGUCAUCCGCUGCGCCCAAUUUUGCGCAACCGUUGCCCAAGAAUUUGGAGAUGUCGAUUGGGUUUUUGGGGGUAGGAGAGAUUUAUAAGCAGCAACAGAGUCAAUUUUCGAAUAUGUCUGAUGAAGACUGGGACUAUUUUCAUAGACAUCACAAGAACGCGCAGUCGAGUAAUGAAGUGCUGUAUACGACGAUGGUGUCACCGAAUGCGAUGACGUACUGGAUGAUCACGAAAGACAAAAGAAAUGAAUUAAAGGAUGGCUUGAAGGGGGGAGGAGUGAUGAGUAUCUAUUACCAAAUUAAUAUGAGAAGGGAAGGCACGUCUGCGGAGGAUUCAUUUAUGAUGUACGAAACGAAAGACUUGAAUGCGACGGAAAAGAAGUAUUUUUUGGAGAUCUUGGACCAAAAGGAGGUGGAGUGGACGUUUGAUUUGGUGCCCCAAUUUUUGAAAAUGCCAACGUUGUCACAAAAAGCCGUGCUACAAAAGGGAGACGACUUUGUAAUGCAAUUGAGACCGAAGCUGAAACAAGACGAUGUGGAUGAACGAUCACAAUAUUGGCAAUUUAUUAAUUGUUCUGCAUUAGAAGGAGUGAUGGUGUGCGAUGAAACGGAAAAGACCAAACUGUAUAUUGCAUCACCAAAAGUGCCAAAUAGCGGGUUGAUCUCAUCAUUGAGUUCACUGGGGAUUAUCGGACUGUACUCUGUUGUUGUCUUGUUCUUGUACUCGUUACUGAAAUCGAAUUACUCGGGGAUGGCACAUAUCAUCAUGUUUAAAGACUUGCCUGAUUGUUUGGGGCUACUGCAAUUGUGUGAUGAUAUCAUUAUAGCGCGACAAGAUGGGGAUUUAAGACUUGAAGAAGAUCUAGUGAAUGAAUUACUGCUGAUAUACCGCAAGCCUGCGUUGUUAUUUGAAAGAACUGUGAAGAAAUGA